GUUGGUCUUACCGGACAUUGGCUUCGCACUUUUGCCUCCGACGGGCAUUUCCGAGCUAAUCCUAGUCGAUUUAGCCCGGAGGCACAGCUCGUCAUGACACGCGAACGUGGAGUGAGAGCACGCCGAUUUGUCAGAAUUACCCCACUUGGUCAGCACGUAUAAAGAGGAAAUGCUUACUAUGACAAACGAGCCGCAAUGUCCAGCACAAGUACAACCACGCACGAAGAAGAGCGCGCAGCGUAUCUUCUAGAUGCCCAAAACAAAGCUAUGCAGCUUUUCGAAGAAAUCGAGAGAGAUCUUCUUCGCCCAGGCGUCAGCGAAAAGACUAUAAGCGACGAGAUCCACGAACUGGGAGCAAAGCGACACGGUGUCAGGACACAUUGGCAUAAACGGGUUAUUCGUAGCGGCCCCAAUACGUUGCGACCGUUUGCCGAAAACCCUCCAGAUCGGAUCGUUCAACCCGACGAUAUUCUAUAUGUUGACUUGGGACCCGUAUUCGAAGCUUGGGAAGCCGACUUUGGACGCACUUAUGUAUUGGGUGAUGACCCACGCAAGAAGGCAUUGCGCGACGCCCUCGAGCCGAUCUGGUAUAAAGUCAAGGCGCGUUUCUAUGAAAACCCGAAUAUGACUGGCGAGCAGUUGUACGAUAUUGCAUGUGAGGUCGCCAAGGAAAAUGGGUGGGAGUUCGGGGCCCAUCUGGCAGGGCAUAUCAUCGGGUCUUUCCCUCACGAGCGUAUCCCGAGAGACAAGACAGCUCUGUAUAUUGCAAAGGGAAAUCAAGAGUCCAUGGGUGCUGUUGGUAAGGAUGGUAACAAACGGCAUUGGAUUCUGGAGAUUCACCUUCGUGAUGCUAGCGGCGAGUUCAGUGGCUUUUUUGAGCAACUUUUGACAGUCGAUUGAUAGAACACUCGAAACCAGGUCCAAAUACAGUCUGAGUGCAUCGUCUUACAAAUGAUGGAGCACUUCACUGGACUGGUCGUACGUGUCUAGGAAAGAUAUAACUGCGUG